GCUAUCCACAACAACAAGAAGCAAAAAAAACAAGGAAGUGGACCCAUUGCGAUCUACCGCCGUAAACCAGUUUGUUUAAACGACUCUGUGACAAGAUACGCAGAGUCUUCAGCAAUACUCUGACCUCCUCCCAACUUCGAACCGGACCGCAACGAUGAACAACAAAGGGUCAUAUCCACAGCAGAGUGUGUACCCUCAGCAGAGCAACGCACCCGUUUACCCCUCUGCUAUGCAGAUAUCUCCUCAGGCGCCUCCUUACACGGACACGCCUCCCGCAUACUCUGAGAUCUACCAGCCCAGAUAUGUGCUUCCCCCUCAGGUGACCGGCCAGGUGCCUCAGAUGUCCUCCCCCUAUGUCGGCACUCAGGUCUACAUGCCCAUGCAGCCGCAGAUGCCCGUCGGGCCGAUGGCCCAGAAUGUCCCCCUGGCGUACUAUCCCAUGGGGGCUGUGUACCCCCACGGUUCCACGGUGAUGGUGGAGGGUGGCUUCGACGCUGGCGCUCGCUUUACAGCCGGCAGCAGCGUUUCCAUCCCACCCCCGCCACCCGGGCACCCCCCGAAUGCGGCUCAACUGGCGGCCAUGCAGGGUGCCAAUGUGGUCAUGACGCAGCGCAAGAACAACUUCUUCUUGGGCGGCUCCAGCGGAGGUUACACCAUCUGGUAACGGCAACUGCUCCUUCACGCCUACGCCCAAUCCAGCUCCCACCCCCUCCCCAACAUCACGUACCCCCUCCCCCCCUUCCUCCUUAGGCUGCUUGGCCACAAUACUGAUAUCACCUAAUGGAAUGUAAUGUUUUUGAGCCCUUGUGAAAGGUACAGUACUCCACUUGUAACCUAGCGAUCAAAUGACGAACGCAAGUAUUUAACGUUGUAGAAUCCAUCCCGUCAUCCUUCAUUGCGUCAAGCUUUGGUUUUAGUUUAGGUCAUUCCAGGUUCACCAGAAUGGUGGCCUGUGCUUUGACACGAGUGGAUCAGUAGGCUAGUGAGGUAGCUAAACUCCAUAUAUUUCGCAAGGGUUAGGCUUUCUACGGAAACUUUUAAAAUCAAUUGAAGAGAUUAAAAUAUGGAAAAGCAUCACCUACCAACCAAUCAAAUCAUUUAAAAAGAGCGUCACAACUCCAACUAGGUUAACGAUUUAAAAAAAUAUCAAGGUUGGGGGGCUCUGAUAAAGUCUACACUAGAGGCUGACACAGGAGUGGUGGAGUCCCGCACCCACGCACUCCCAGAGGUUGAUUCCCACUCCCUCCAAAUCCCAAGGGACUGUUUAAAAAAAAAUAAUAAUCCUGAUCACUCUCAAUCCCGAGUGUGAAAAAAUAAAAUCAAUAAUAAUCAUAAAAAAAUAUCCCGCCCAAUCCCGAAUCGCACCCAUUCCUGAGUAUUUGAAAAAAAUCCCACUCCUACAGAGUGAUCCAAAUUCUGAGCCAAACUUUUACAAAAUCCCACUCCCAUUCCUCGCACCUGCCCCCCCGUUUUUUUUUUUUUUUUAUAACUCCCAGUCAAUCCUGCUCCGUUUUUCUUCCUCGGUAUAAAAUUUGCAGUACGUGUCUGCUUUAGUCACCGUAGUACACACUGUAAAUAGAAUUACCGAAAUGAUCAAGAAACAAAACAUAAGUUUAGUAACAAAAGCUGUGUUAGUCCCUUAGUUUAGCAAUGUUUAGCUCGAUGCUGAGGGGAAAUGUUCAAAUACUGAUUUGAUUAAAAAUAAAAUAAAAUAAAAUUAAACUGCGUCAUGGUUUCCACUCACGUCAACUCCUGUCAUGGGUUCCACUCCCGUCCAUUCCCGGUGACUUUGUUUUCAUAGUUCCCGCUCCCAAUGACCUUCGCUCCCGCUCCUGCCGAAUGCCGUGAUUAAUGGUGAAAUUCCCUCCCAUACCGCGGGAAACCCUUUGGACCCGGUGGGAAUCCCGAAAACUGUCAACCUCUAGUCUACACCAGAGGUUCUCAACUGGUCUCCCAUAUUGUGCCAUGGUCAUUUUAACAGACGUCAAACCAAAUUAUUGUUCAGAAACAUUUCAGAGCACAUUACAAGGACCUGAGGAGUAAAGUCAAAUUGAUGGUUAACAUUACACCAACUACAUAAGGCCACGAAAUUAGACAUUGCCGCAAUGGAACACAAAUUGAGGAGGAUCCUGACAACUGCAAGUAUAGAAGUGUAUAAAAUAUUAAAAGUAUACAAAUAUAAUAAAGGCCCACACUUAACUACAUAUCACACACUGGAGGUUAUGUCUCUUCAUAUCCUCAAUGUAAAAAAAGUCCACUUUUGACUCCGUCAUAUUUAUCAGGAGCACAAACCUGAAGGCGCUAAGCCGGUGCGUGUUUCCAGUGCUUGUGCUUCACAAUUAAAAUCCAUAUCGGGUGUGUAUUAAAGCCUUCUUUUAAAUUAUUUUUGAACCAACCAGUUUUGAAUCACUGGUCUUCAGACCAAAUUAUCACACUUCAGUCAGGAUCUUAAGAAAAGACAGUAGGCAAUAUUUAGAGCCACAUUCAUGUAGUUUAUGAUAGCCGAGCUGCUUAAUGGUGAACGUGAAACGCAAUUACAAAGUUGAACGCAAAAAAUCCCCACUUGUCUUUUUUUUUUUUUUUUUUUUUUUUUUCCAAAACCUUUUAGUGUAGUUAAAGUAAUAGAUGUCGUAGUUCCAUGUAAAUACCAGUAUGACUAUCACAAGAAAUUCUCAAGAAGAAAAAAAAAAAUACUUUGAGCUAGAUUAAACUUGUCUUAUACACAGUGUCGAAAAAAAUAGCAAGUAGCAUUUAAAGAACUUAAGUAAACAUUCUAGAAUGCACUUGCACCAAAAGUGGUUUACUGUACCUUGUUGGGCAACUUGUAGAUUUAACAUAGUCAAGUGCCAAAGAGCACUGGGGAUCGUCCCCAUUUAAUGAAACAAAACGCUAAAAGGAAAAUGGAAAGAUAUUUAGUUAAUCCAAAUAAUGAAUUGACUUGGACAGGCUGGUUGGUGUAACAUUUGUAGCUUUUUAAUUUUCUUUUUGUUUUCCUGUCGGAUACCCAGAGUUUAUACACUAAAUGUCUGAAAUGUGCAUACGAUUUCUGUUAUUUGAUUUGCUUUUCGUUUACUUGAUUAAAAGCCCCCUUUUGUGCUGGUUUCUAUUUGGCAUGUUUGAAAAAGUUCCUUGGUUUUCUUUAGUGAGGGCUUAUGAAUUGUUUGUUAAAAAAAAAACAGUCAGUUGUACCAAAGAAAACAAUAAUAUUUUGCAUUAUCCGCUAAUCAGUCAUGGGAAUCUUCAAACAAAAUUGUGAGUUCUAUCACCUUUAAGUUGCACAUUACUAAUUAAAUAAAUGCACUAUUAAAAAAAAAAACUAUUAACAAAUUCAAGACAAGGGGUUGGUGGUUCUUUUUAUCAUCAUGGUUUUGUGUGAGUGUGUGUGAGUGUUAGGAAAACUGUGAAAUAUUGUGCUAACAGGCUUUACUGCUGUUUGCGUUAGUGAUGGGCUUAUUUAACGGCAUCCGGUUAGAAAACAACUACUGGCGUUUGUGUAUGUUUGAUGACUAUUUCGUGUCUAACUUAAUGUAACAAUGUCAAGUUAAUGUAUGGGCUGUGUAAGGGUGCGGGGACAACUCCCUAGACAUAUGAGGUUAAAUUAGGGGAAAAUAGUGGGGAAUUUGUCACAAAAUCUCAGAAGUCGGCCAGGAUUGGCCCAGUGGAGGUACGCGACUGGGCUAAGCCAAUCAAAAUGCUGUUUCCAUGUUUGCUAGAAACCCCUUUAACUUGUUCACUCAUUCGUUUUCAUGUUCCCUUCUGGAGGAAACUUGACCACCUCUCCACUCAUCAUUAUCAUGCUAGAUGUUAGGAUGAGUCUAAAAAAAAUAAAGCCCAAGAAUUUCCAUGACAUCCAGGAGUAGAUAGUUGCUGGUGCACUCAUGUUUAUUUGUUAACAGAAUUGAACCAAAAUGCACUUAUAUGAGACUUUAUUUUUAAUUCAGUCUGUAUGCUGUGAGUUGUGCACUUGUCUGAACAGAAAGUUGAUGUUUGGUGGUAUUUUUAACUGGGUGUCCGACAACGGUGUUCAGGUUUUGGCUGCUGUAGCCACAGGGGGGGAAAAAGCGCUCACGGAUACCAGUGUUGAUGACCCAGUGGACGAGGAAACAGAAACCAGCGGUGGCAGGGGUCAUUCAGUCAAAAGGGGGCCUACAGCUUCCAAAACUUGAACAGACCUGUUUAGCUUUUGUUUUUUUUUCCCGUAUGAUGGUGGUGCCAGCAAUAUGAAGUACAUCCUGUACAAGUGCAGCAGUAAUGCCAACCACAACCAGACAGACUUCCUCUCUGUUGAAGGAUCAUGGACAUUCCUGGUUCAGGGAUUCUCUUUCCGACGUUUUGUAAAAAAAAAAAAAAAAAAAAUGCCGCAACGCUAAAGCGACGGACUUAUUAUGCACAUGUUCUGUCUUUUGAGAUGACUAAAGGAGACGAGUGUCAAUGACUUAGGUGCACUUAACGUUUUUAUACUAAACUUAAGAUUUAAAAAUGUAAGUUUAGAAUAAAGGUUAUUUUGGACAUUUGAGAAGUUGUUUAAAUUUAUUCACAUGUAAUGUAUUCAAAUGGGGCACACUGCUAAAUAAAGGACAUUGUUUUUUGUAACGUGA